CAACUCAGCCCAAUCCACAAAGUUACAAUCCAACACAAGCGUCGCUUGCAACGUAGUGAGAAAGAGGAAGAAAUCAAAAGGGAAAAGGAAUGGCGAGUGAGGCGGCAGGGAUGGAGAGCGGCGCAGCAGGGAUGGAGAGCGGCGCAGCACCAACGGAGGCGGCCAAGCAGCCACACAGGCUGGAGAGGAAGUGGACCUUCUGGUUCGAUAACCAGUCCAAGCCCAAGCAAGGCGCGGCUUGGGGGACCUCUCUUCGCAAGGCUUACACCUUCGAAACCGUCGAAGAAUUUUGGUGUCUGUAUGAUCAGAUAUUUAAGCCCAGCAAGUUGCCAGCCAAUGCAGAUUUCCAUUUGUUCAAAGCUGGGGUUGAACCAAAAUGGGAAGAUCCUGAGUGUGCAAAUGGAGGCAAAUGGACUGUUGCCAGCAGCCGAAAGGGUAAUCUUGAUACCAUGUGGCUAGAAACGUUGAUGGCCUUAAUUGGGGAGCAAUUUGAUGAGGCUGAUGAAAUAUGUGGUGUGGUUGCAAGUGUACGUCAAAGGCAGGAUAAGCUUGCUCUGUGGACUAAGACAGCAACCAACGAGGCUGCUCAGAUGAGCAUUGGAAGGAAGUGGAAGGAGGUCAUUGAUGUCACUGAUAAGAUCACUUACAGCUUUCAUGUAAAUAGCAUUUCAUAUUUAUCUCAUGAGUUUGGGAAGAAGUCCUUUUCCUCAAUCACGUUGGUUUGGUUGUGUUGCAGGAUGAUUCCAGAAGGGAAAGAUCAGUCAAAGUUCGAUACAACGUGUGAGCACGUGUUGGUCAUUUUGUUGUGUGAGUUUAUCUCCUUGACGAAUCAAGAUUGCGACAAACACCAAAGAGGCAUUACCAUUUUGUUCGUUUUCUUUUCAAUAUAAAACAUUAGUAAUUGAAAUAUUUUUCAUGAAUGACCCAUGCGGUUGAUGGAUGUAAUGUAAUGGAUUCUAGUUUUGUCCACUGCCUGAGGCUGUUUGCCAUUCCUUAUAGAUAUUGCAAUGGGAAAACCUGACUUGCUUGUUUUCUGGGUUCUCCCCUACUUCUUGUAGCUUUCCAUCAAUUACAAUGAUAUCUCUGCUUUAAGUUUUCUCCUAAA